GGGGUUCCGUGUUGUCUGUUGGUGUUGGCUGCUCCUGGCAGUCCUUCAGUUGUCCUCUGGCUCACCUACAGACCUGCAGAACCCUAAGGCAGGUUCUGCUCAACAGGGUGACCUGUGAAGGGUCAGACUUGCUGCUGCCUGGGCGGACGGUCCCUGACCAAGCCUGAGCAAAAGACAUGGCCGAGUUUGCCCAAAGCAUGGAUAACAGCAGCAGUCCUUUCCUUCUCCCUACCUUACUGCUCCUGCUGCAGAACACGAGCAAUCCUGAAGCCUCCAUCCCUCCUGCUGGCUAUGAGAUGACAGAAUCGUCACCCACAGGACCUGGCUCAAGCAGGAACCACACUCUGUUAGGCUACGGACUGAGGCCAGGGGAAAUUGCAGCAGCCAGCAUGGUUUGGGGAGUGUUGUGGCUGGUUUCCAUCUUGGGAAACUCCCUCCUUUGCUUAGUGAUGCCCAGGAGCAGGAAGACACAAUCCCCCAACUAUUUUGUGGCCUCCAUGGCUUGUGCAGACUUGCUCACCAGUGUUGUGAGUGCGCCCUUCCUGCUGCUCCAGUUGACCUACGGCAGGUGGAUGCUGGGGAACGGGAUGUGCAAGCUGGUGAGGUACAUACAGUACCUCACCCCGGCAGUCCAGAUCUACGUGCUCUUCUCCAUAGGAGUGGCUCGAUGCUACACUCUCAUUCGUCCCCUGAACUUCAAAAUGUCCAAGGAGAAAGCCAAGAAAAUGAUUCUGGCCUCUUGGCUCUGUGGUGCUCUGUUUGCAUCACCAGCUUAUUUUCUCUACGACUCUGACAGCGACCACCACUGCAACUUUUUUCUACCCGAUUCUCGGCAAGGAAUCGACUCCAGUAUUGUCCACCUCCCAGUGCUGUUGUUUUUGAUCCCCGCCCUCUUCAUUAUCCUCUGCUACGAGAAACUCUUCACCUACAUUUGGAGAAAAGGCACUGAAGACAUGGCUGGCAGGAGGACAACGAAUUUGAUCUCAAGAAGAAAAGUGAAAAAUGUCAAGAUGUUCUUCAUCUUUAACUUAGUUUUCCUCCUGUCCUGGCUCCCUUUCUACAUGGUACAGCUGUGGCACCCACAGGAAACAGACUACAGAAAGAGCUCCUUGGUUUUCCUGGCUACCACCUGGAUUUCUUUCAGUUCUUCAGCCUCUAAGCCAAUCCUCUUCUACAUCUAUAAUGCAAACUUCAGAAGAGGGAUGAAAGAGACUUGUUGCAUGUUUGCCAGGAAAUACCAGAGAAGCAACAUCUUCACCAUUACCACCAGUUAUGGGACAAUCAGAAAGAAUCACGUUUGGAUCACAGAUAUCCCAGCACCAGCCCAAACUGUCACCAAAGACUCCACCUCUGAUGCUUUUAAUGGAGAAGUCAAGAAGGAUGAGCUUGCCAGACCUGAUGAAUCCAAUCCCCCAGAUACAUUUGCCUAGGGGGCUUCAUUGCUUUGAAAAGCAAUGUAUGUGUUCUGGUGGUGCUAUAUACCCCCAGGAGAGGAAGGAUCUUUCACCCUUUGAAGCAAUGUAUAGUUACAUAUUUUAGCACAUCUUUUAGAGUAGAAAAAAUAUGAUUUAUUUUAUUAAAUGCCUUGGUUUUGAUGCA